CAGCACGACAUUACAGGAAAGACAUUGCUACGAAUAAAUGAGAAUAGCUUGAGGCGAAUUGGUAUCGAUAAUGAUCAACACAGAGUGGACAUAUGGAGGGAGAUAAUGAAACUGCAUCUGAAAACAGACAUGUUAGAGCUUAAGGAUAUUGAGCGACGAAAUAAUAUGAAUAUGAACCUUGACUGAAUUUUAAUAUUACAUAGCUGUAUGCUUUUUAAUAUAUAUUAUUUAUGACUUUGUUGGCCAAUUCUAAAGAGACAUAAUGAAUACAAAAAUAAUUAAGGUUGCACUUAUUUCUAAUGAUAAGUUCGAAAUAUGUCGUUUGUGCGGAAAAAAGUCUUUGAAUUGUAUUUCAAUAUUCGAGGACAGAAAUAACUAUAUUCUCGAAAAAAUCAGUAGAUGUCUGCCAAUUAUUGUUUUUCCAAAUGAUAAUUUACCCUCCAGCGUGUGCAGGCGUUGCCUGAAUUAUUUAAAUAUUAGUUGCAAAUUGAUUCUUACUGCAAUAGAGGUGGACAAACGACUACGUAUGCAAUUAGAUCUAAAGCAGAAAGUCUCUGCUAACUGCAAAAAUAAAGGUAGUGUCUCUACGAAUAAAGAUACUGUCUUUACAAAUAAAGAUACUUACUUUACAAAUAAAGAAGUUACGGCAUCUUGUGACGGACCUGUAAUAUCUGCCAUAGCUGGCUCAGUUGGAUGUGAUUUGUGUGACUUGCAUUUUCAAAAUAUAGAUAUAGUUGACACGAACCAGAUUCGUUUUUUUAAGUGGAAAUGCAGCCUGUGUGAUAGCAGCUUUGACAAAUCUAGUGAGCUGAUAGCUCACAAGUCAUCAAAGCAUAAUGGUAACAUUAUGGUAUGCAAUAAAUGUCGAUGCACAUACGGUCAAAAUGUAAAUACAGAUGAGAUGAAUAAUAAACAAAAUACCAAACGAAAAAUUAUCAAUGAGAAAGUUCAGAAUAAUCAGAUUAAUGCGCAAGAAAUUAUGAAUAAGACGAAUAAUAAACAGAAAAUUACUAAUAAAAAUGUUCAGAAUGAUAAACAGGAAAUUACAAGUGAAAAGAACAUCCAGAAUAAUCAGCAAACGGAGCAGGAGACUAUUGACAAAAAUAAUUACGAAAGAAUCGUUUCAAAAAAUGACGAAAUUGGAGCAUUUAUCAACUUGACAAUGGAUGAAAAUGAUAUUGCAAUAAAAGAUAAAAAUGUAGAUUUUGAUAAAAUGCAUGUCUCAAUAGAAGAAACUGAUGACAGCUUUGAUUUAGAUAAAAUCAUGGACAAUGAUGACACUUCUGAUUCAGAAACAGAUAGAAUCGUAGAGCAAUAUAAGAGAAUUUUUGAACGGAUCAAAACUACUCAAAAUGAGCAACUGAAACGAUUCUUUUGCGACACUUGCAAGAUCUUUUUUGAGAGCGAGCGACAUUUCAAUGCUCAUAACAGGAUACACGAGGAAAAAGUUGUUACUUGUACCAAAUGCUCCACAAAAUGCUCGUCUGUGCAUGAUCUGUUUCUUCAUAAACGUGAAAAGCACAAUAUGUAUAAAAAUUCAUGUGUAAAGUACGCGUGCAGUAAAUGUGGAAAAUUCUUUACGCACAGCUGGACUUGGGAAUCUCACAAGGAAGAUCAGUGCUUCAAAACGAAAAAGAAGUUUUGCAAAUAUUGUAACGUGGUAUUCCCGACACAACUCAAACUGACACGCCACUUAAGGAGUCACAAAUGGGAGAUGCUCAAUGAUCCGGAUGUGACUGUAUACAAAUGCGUUUCCUGUCCCAAAGAAUUUAUCGACAAAGAAUUUUACGAAAAGCAUAGAAAUGUACAUGAUCCGGAAUGUUGGAAUAAAUACCGGUGUGCCACAUGCAAGAAACCGUUUAGGGAUGGGAUUCGAUUACACGAACAUCACAUGGCAGUUCAUCAGAACAUUAAGCCUUAUCAAUGCCAUGUCUGCGGACGUUUUUUUCUGCGCUCGCAAAGUUUGAAAAUACAUAGUAGAAUUCAUUCUGGGCACAAUUGCAAUCGUUGUAACAAAGUUUUUGAAAAAAGAGUGGAUUUAACGAAGCAUCUGCAAGAAACCCACGGUUUGAAGCUGCCUAGUAAACCCAACUUGAAUAAAGAUUACAUCUGUAGAUACUGUGGCAAAAAGCUUAGAUCGUAUAUAUCGUUGACAGAUCACGAAAGAAUUCACACCGGAGAAAAGCCAUACAACUGUUCGAAAUGUGAACGGUCCUUCCGGAGUUAUACUGCUAGAUGGACUCAUCUACAGCAUCAUUUGAAAAGCAUGUUUGUGUGCGAACAUUGUGGAAAAUCCUAUAGGAGUUACACUGCUAGAUGGGCUCAUCUCCAACAUCACCUGAAGGGAAUGUUCGUGUGCGAUCAUUGUGGAAAAUCCUAUAGUUACAAGCGAAGUUUAGCUCUGCAUACUUUAACUCAUUUGCCGAUGGAGGAUCGCAAGUAUGAAUGUAAUAUAUGUAAGAAAAGAUUUAUGAGGAACGCUCAUCUGAUUAUUCACCAACGUAUUCAUUCCGGAAUACGACCCUAUAAAUGCGAUGUGUGUUUGGUAAGUUUCACACAAAAGGGCGACAUGGUACGACAUCGAAUGCGACACUUUAACAAAGACAAACCUGUAAAAAAAAGAUAAAAAGGUUGAGACGUAGAUUUAAGAAAUGACAAAACUAACGUCUUUUGUUAAUUUAAGUAAUAAAUGAUAAUAUGUUGUUAUACUAUAUCCAACAAUAUGUAUGUACUGUAAGUACAAAAUAAAAAUAUUUGGUUUUGUAACAUA